AUGCCUCUCACCCGAGACCCUUUCCAGAACCCAGCGCUGGAUAAAGAUGAUUCCUACUUGGGAAAGUCGCGGGCUUCCAAGAAACUGCCAUGUAAGAACCCAACUCACCUUGCUCAGCAACAGGAACCCUGGUGUCGACUCAGCUCAACUCCCACAAUUACCUCCAUGAAACGGGAUGUUUUGUUUUUUUAUUCAGAGAUACCGAAGGAUGACCUGGAUUUCCGCUUAGCAGCCUUGUACAACCACCACACAGGGACAUUCAAGAACAAAAGUGAGAUACUCACACACGAGGAGACCAUCCAGGAUACCCGCAGAAUCAAGACCCAAUUCCCUGGAGAAUUUUUACCCACUCCCCAACCACCGCCCAUCACUUCCAGAGCUAACAUCAGACAUUGGAUCAACCCUAAGAAGGAGUCUAUUCACAGCAUACAGGGAUCCAUAGUGUCCCCUCACACUGCAGCCACCAAUGGAGGGUACUCCCGAAAGAAUGAUGGUGGCUUCUUCUCCACCUAA